AUGGGUGCAAUAUGUAGCACCAAAAGCAGCACAGUCAUAAAUGCACACCGUAGCAGUUCAGAUCAAAGCGACAGUGCUGUUCAAAGAUACGUUACCCUUGACAGUUCAGCACGAGAAGUAAAACCCUCCAGCGCAGGAACACGUGUGGAGUAUAUUAGCAAUAGCGAAACGUCACUUCAAAAAGACAAUAGCAAAUCACGUGAUAUACCCGAUCACACCAUGCCGGGCAGAUUACAGCAAGGUGAUGUCACUGGACACACCGAUUCCAGCCCCGCAAAAAUGAAGCAAUCUGAUUCUGACUUGGAACCAACCUUUACAAAAUUGAAACAAGCGAAGAAGUUGUUCGAAGACGAAAUGAAGAACGAAAACCGAGAGACUGAAUUGGAGCCCGUUAUGAUAGCCCUUAGGAGAGAUGUUUCCGAUAUCUUCGAGAAAUAUGAUAGUCCUUCUGAUAGAGAAAAGAUUGGAAAUUUUAUGGCCAGGAAUGGUUUGGUGGACACUCUAGUGGAUCUUUAUGGGUUCGUCAUCAAGGAUUAUUUUGAACAAUUUUCCUUGCGAACAGUUGCAAUUAAAGCUGACUAUAAGAUUGAAAUUGGCGUGCUUGAAGAAAUUCGAAAAAUUGCAUGGAAUUUUUCCGAUAGAAGCUCGGAAUUUCAAGACGCAACAGCCAAAACUCACAUGUUUGGAUUUCUGGCAAAAGACUUAUUGGCAAUGGGCAAACACGAGCUUUGCGAUGUCAAAGAACACUCGUUUCCAUUCACAUCGGCCGUGAACAUUAUUCACAACUGCUCUAGAAGUGGAACGAUCACGAAAGCUAUGUACACUGUAACACUUCAGCCUGGAGACGGAGACAUGGUAUCGCUUCAGACAUGUCUCACCCCGUUCCUAGGCUCAACAGAUACGUAUGUGAAAGUAAUGACAUUACUGUCACUGGCAUACAUCAUGAACGAUAAAGAAAGUGAAAAGAUGUUGGGAACUGAUAAGACCAUCUUAAACUUCUUGUUGGAAAUGAUUCGAAAGGCUACAACAUCGGAAAAUAGGCGACAUCAAGGGUUCUCAGUCGAAGAACUUUUAGAUGGACUGUCACGACUGGCUCAAAAUGACACAAACAAAAGGGAAAUAAUGGAAAUUGCCAAUGCCUAUACGCUUAUCAGAGAAAUCGUAAUGGAGGACAAAGAGGAAUCAGAAACCAUAGCGGCAGUGAAAACAAUCCAGCAAUUAGGGUUUGACGAGAGCAAUCGACAAAAAGUAAUGAGUGACAGGGACUUUGUAAAGACACUAAAGGACCUGAAACAAUCUAGUUCUAAAAAGCUUGCUGAAGCCGCAGGAUAUGCUUGCUUCGUGAUAACAGGAUCAGAAGAUGCAGACAUGGAUGACACCGACGACGAUGAAACGCGACACAACACUUCAGAUUCCAUGGUACCGUCUAAGAAGAAGAAGAAAAUUGUUUGGACAGAACAAGAAAGAAGUCGAGAAACCAUAAAAACGCAAGGUCAUAUCAUGCUUAGCUAUAACUGGACUCAUAAGCCCAUUUUACGUGAGGUAUAUACAAGCUUAACAUGGGCUGGUUUUCCUGUGUGGAUGGACAUCCAUCACAUGGAGGGUAACCUCCUCGAUGCCAUGUCUCAGGCUGUCUUAGAAUCUGAUGUCGUCAUCAUUUGUGCAUCAGAACAGUAUGGUGAUAGUGCUAACUGUCGAUUAGAGGCAGAAUUUGCACGUAAGAAGAAAAAAACGAUAAUUCCACUGAUGAUGCAGAAGAAUGCAAACUUACCUGGUUGGCUAGACAUGUUGCUUGGUGACAAGUUGUAUUACAGAUUCUAUGACAUCAACCUAGAAGAUAACCGGCCAUUAUUUGAAGAGAGGAUGGAGGAGGUGAUGAACGCCAUCAGAAGUGUGCUGAAUCAGCAAAACAAGCAAGAUAGUACACCUCGAUUGAUACCUCAGGCUCCAGAAACAAAGGCGGACAAAUCAAAAUCCACAGUUGUACCCCCUGACAACACUGCUAUUACACCUAUACCGACAAAAUCUAAUCAGUCCCCAAAGAUCGGCCGUCAACUGGACAUGUGGACAGAGGAUGAUAAAGAUAGGUGGUUGAGAGACAAAAGACUUCACACAUAUGCAGGCAUGAAGGAUAUAUCUUGUGAACAGCUUCAAUUUCUUGUCAAGAUCUCGAUCAAGGCUCCCGAGUUCUUCUACAGAACCCUGAAGGAGGAAGUCGGACUGAGAGGUUUAGAACAACUUAUGCGGGUCAGCAAUGCGAUCGAGGAGCUCGUGUGA